AUGACUCAUCUGCCGGAAGAAGUAGUAGAAAUCAUCAUCAAUAGGCUUACCUCCAAUCGCGAUCGCAAUUCCGCCUCCUUGAUCAACAAAUUAUGGUACAAAGUCGAUAGAUACAGUCGACGCGUCGUGUAUGUCGCCAAUUGUUACGCUUUAUCUCCUGAAAGAGUCGUCGCGAGGUUUCCAAUGCUCCGAUCGCUAACUCUGAGAGGCAAACCCAAUAUUUCCGACUCUAGAUUGUUCCCUAGGGAUUGGGGCGGCUCCGUCGAUCCAUGGAUUGAAGCCAUGUCGAAGAAUUGCCGGUCCUUGGAGGAACUCCGGUUGAAAAGGAUGGUGAUAUCUGAUCGGAGCCUCGAACUGACCUCAGUUUCUUUUCCCUACUUCAAGUCUCUGAUUUUGAGCUCCUGUUGUGGCUUCACCAUCACUGGUCUUUCGGCCAUCGCUUCCAAUUGCUCGAUGCUUGAGCAAUUGGAAGUGGAAAAGAGUGAUGUUACAGAUAACAGCGGGGGAGAGUGGCUGAGCAACUUCCCUGAGAGUUUAUCUUCCCUCGUGUCCUUGAAUAUCUCAUGCAUUAAAGGACUAGUGAAUCCCACAGAUCUCGUACAACUUGUAGCCAGAUCUCCAAAUCUCACAAAUCUUACAUUAAACAAAACAGUGACUGCUGACACCAUCCGAAGAAUCCUGUUAAAAGCUCCUCAACUGAUGCACUUGGGUGUUGGUUCCAACAUCCCACACUUGGAGAUACAAUCUUACAUUCAACUAUCAUCAUCAUUUCACAAGUGUAAAUCAAUCCAAAGCCUCACAUUCUUCUACCUUGUUCCUCCUAUGCUUCUACGAGCUAUUUCUCCAAUCUGCCCCAAUCUUGUUCAUGUCAAUAUGAGAUAUGCCACAGGAAUCCAGAGCUCGGAGCUCAUCAAUUUCAUAAAGAAGUGCCCAAAGCUUCGUCGCCUAUGGAUUCUAGAUUCUAUUGGAGAUGAAGGUCUUGAGGUUGUAUCUUACACCUGUAAAAACCUUGAAGACUUGAGGAUAUUCCAUGGAAGAGCAGAGAUCGGUGUAACAGAAGUGGGUUUGACUGCCAUAUCCGCCGGUUGUCAGCAGCUCAAGUCUCUGACAUACUUUUGCAAAAGAAUGACAAACGCAACCCUUGUUUCUUUUUCCAAAAACUGCCCAAAAACCACUUGCUUCAGACUAAUCAUCUCAACCCCAAAACAGCCAGACCACACAACUCAGCAACCACUUGAUGAUGGUCUUGGGGCUAUCGUACAUUCAUGCAAGAAUCUGAGAAAGUUGAGCCUUUCAGGGCUUCUUCUAACAGACCAGGUAUUCCUCUACAUUGGAAUGUAUGCAGAAAGAUUGGAGGCACUUUCUGUAUCAGAUGCAGGGGAGAGUGAUGCGGGAAUGCAUUAUGUGUUCAAUGGAUGCAAGAAUCUAAGGAAGAUGGAGAUGAUUAAUUGCCCUUUUGGUUUUGAUUUUGAUGAUGGUGAUGGUGAUGGUGUUUGCAGUGGUUUAUUUGAGGAGUAUGGAUCAUGUAUGAGAUCCGUAUGGAUGUCUUCAUGUAGAACCACCCUGGGUGGAUGUAAGAUGAUUGCACAGCGAAGAGAGUCUUUGAAUGUUGAGGUUAUUAACAAAGAAGGUGACAUCGGAGAAGAAGAAGAAUAUCCAGAUGAUGAUAUGAAGGUUGAUAAGUUGUAUAUGUAUCAGGCAUUGGAUGGACCACGUGUUGAUUCUCCAUCCCACGUAUGGACUCUCUGA